AUGGUGCGCGUCACUCCCGCGGUACAGCACGAGGCCGUCGUCCCACUUCCAGUGCUGUCUUCAAUCGGGCGGAGGACGAAACAGCAGCCGAAAGUAACCCUGACAGCCUGUGAAAAGACUCCCAGAGAACAACAGGCAGAAAGAGAAGCCCCGGCCCCGGCCAGAGUUGGAGAGGGAGGGCUGGCUCCAGCUCCGAGUGUCAGUGGUGGGGAUGGCCCCGCCCAGAACACUCUCCACCAACGUGCUGCCUCGCCGGCAGGACCAGCAGAUUCUACUGUUCUCCCCUUGAGAGCGAUAGGGCCCCCUGAUGAGCAUGGUAACCAGCCUCAUCACUACUGGCCCUUUGCCACCAGUGACCUUUAUAACUGGCUCACUCAACACACCAGAUUCUCUGAUAACCCUAGAGAUUUGAUUAACCUAUUAGAAACUGUUUUGUUCACCCAUCAGCCCACUUGGGAUGACUGUCAAAAACUCCUCCAGAUCCUGUUCACCACAGAGGAGCGAGAAAGGAUCCAAAAUGAGGCCAGGAAAUUGGUUCCUGGUGACAAUGGUCAACCCACCACCAAUGUUGAAACUAUCAACACUUCUUUUCCUUUGUCCCGGCCCGACUGGGACUUCAAUACAGCAGAAGGUAAGGAGAGACUCCAGGCCUAUCGCCAGGCUCCGUUGGGAGGUCUCAAAGCAGCGGCUCGGAAGCCCACUAAUUUGGCCAAGGUAGGAGAUGUACAGCAGGGGCUGAACGAAAGCCCUGCAGCCUUCCUAGAAAGAAUUCAGGAAGCCUUCCGUAGGUAUACUCCUAUGGACCCAGAGGCGAAUGAGACUAAGGCAGCUGUAAUAAUACAUUUUGUCAACCAGGGGGCGCCAGAUAUUAAGAGAAAGUUACAGAAAGUAGAAAGAAUGGGAGAGAAAAGUAUUCAGGACUUGGUGACAGUGGCAGAGAGAGUGUAUAACAAUAGAGAAACCACAGAGGAGAAACGAGAGAAAGCUGAUGACCACCAGACUCGAAAUCUGGCUUGGAUCCUUCUGGCCGCCACUGCAGGAGAACCAAAGGAACACAAACAUAGACUGAGAAAGAUUGUGGUGGGAGGAGAAAGUAAGGGAAAACACAGGGAGCACCCCUAGUUAGGAAAAAAUCAGUGUGCUCAUUGUAAAGAAGAAGGCCACUGGGCCAAGGAGUGCCCCAAGAAAAAACAACAGGAAAGUCGCCCCAAGGCCCCCAUCCCGGCUGUAGAUGAACUUAGUGACUAGGGGGGACACAGUUCAGCACCCCUCCGCAAGCCCAGGGUAACCCUAAAAGUGGAGGGGAGACCUGUCGAGUUCCUAGUGGAUACAGGGGCUCAACAUUCUGUCCUGCUCAAACCUCAAGGCCAUGUUUCUGAUAAAACUUCCUGGGUCCAAGGAGCCACAGGCAUGAAAAAGUAUUCAUGGACUACCCAGAGAACGGUAGAUUUGGGAGUAGGCCAAGUAACCCACUCAUUUAUGAUUAUACCAGACUGCCCCUAUCCUUUACUGGGAAGAGACUUGCUCACCAAAUUGGGAGCCCAAAUUCACUUUCAACUAGCGGGUACGAAAGUCCUUAAUCAAGAAGGCAAACCAAUUCAAGUGUUAACUGUAAACAUAGAAGAUGAAUACUGGUUACACCAAGAGCCAUCUCCACCAAGCCCUGAGAUGGACAAGUGGCUUGCAAUGUUCCCACAAGCCUGGGCUGAAACUGGGGGCAUGGGACUGGCUGUACACAGACCACCUAUAUAUAUAGAAUUAAAGCCUGGAACAGACCCUGUCCAUGUUUGCCAGUAUCCUAUGUCCCUAGAAGCCUGACAGGGAAUAACCCCGCACAUUAGGAGGUUACUAGCACAAGGGAUAUUAAGGCCUUGUCAAUCGGCCUGGAAUACCCCCUUGUUACCAGUGCAGAAGCCACACUGAAAUGACUACCGACCAGUACAGGACCUCCAUGAAGUAAAUAAGAGAGCUACGGACAUUCACCCCACAGUACCUAAUCCUUAUACCCUUUUGAGUUCCCUGUCACUGAGUCAUCAAUGGUAUACAGUCCUAGACCUGAAAGAUGCCUUCUUCAGCCUUCCAUUGGCGCCCAAGAGCCAGCACAUCUUCGCCUUUGAGUGGAGUGAUCCUGAACAAGGCCUCAAUGGACAGCUGACUUGGACUCAGCUGCCUCAGGGGUUCAAAAAUUCUCCCACCAUCUUCAACGAGGCCCUGCAUGAAGACCUGGGUGAGUUCCACCUCCAAAACCCCGAAAUGACUCUGUUACAAUAUGUAGAUGAUCUCCUCAUAGCAGCUGAAACCCAGGAGGCCUGCCUUGAGGGAACCAAAGGACUACUAGCCACCAUCAGAAAGUUGGGGUACCAGGUGUCAGCCAAAAAGGCCCAGAUCUGCAAGUCUGAGGUGAGCUACUUGGGAUAUAUACUCAAAAAGGGACAGAGAUGGCUGUCUGACACCAGAAAAGAAACAGUUCUUAAGAUACCCACACCAGAUUCCUCUCAAAAAGUUAGAGAAUUUUUGGGAUCAGCUGGCUUCUGCCUCUUGUGGAUACCGGGGUUUGCAGAACUUGCAAAGCCCCUUUAUGAGGUAACUAAAGACAAUCAGACUUUCCAAUGGACUGAAAAACUAUAAAAAUCAUUUGAUCAGAUAAAGACUGCCUUGCUGUCGGCACCCGCUCUGGGCCUGACUGAUAUAACCAAGCCCUUUCACCUAUAUGUUGAUGAGAACAAAGGCGUCGCUAAAGUGUUAGUUCAAUACCUAGGGCCAUGGCGCCGCCCAGUGGCGUACCUAUCAAAAAGACUUGAUCCAGUUGCGUCCAGGUGGCCCCCAUGUUUGAGAAUGAUUGCGGCAGUGGCCCUGAUGGUAAAAGAUGCUGACAAGUUGACACUGGGCCAAGAACUAUACGUAACCAUCCCCCAUGCUAUUGAAGGAAUCCUAAAACAGCCUCCAGAUUGAUGGCUCAGUAAUGCCCUCCUGACCCACUACCAGGGCUUACUCCUAAACCCAGCCCGAGUUGUCUUUCAGACCCCGGCUGCCUUAAAUCCAGCUACACUGUUGCCAGACCCGGACUUAGAGACUCUGCUCCACGACAGUGCUGACAUCCUAGCUCAAGUACAUGGGACUCGAGCUGACCUGAGAGACCAACCAUGGCCAGAUGCUGAAAACACCUGGUAUACUGAUGGAAGCAGCUUUGUACAGGAUGGCCGCAGGUAUGCCGGGGCAGCUGUGGUGACAGAAACUAAGGUCAUUUGGGCAGAACCAUUGUCCACCGGGACCUCGGCCCAACAGGCAGAGCUCAUAGCUCUGACCAAAGCGUUGACUCUGGGGCAGGGCCAAAAGCUAAACAUAUAUACGGACAGCCGGUAUGCCUUUGCCACAGCACACAUCCAUGGGGCUAUCUACAGAGAGAGAGGACUAUUGACGGCCGAGGGAAAAACUAUCAAAAACAAAGAGGAAAUUCUUGCCCUGCUGAUGGCCCUAUGGCUGCCAAAAAAAUUGGCUAUUGUCCACUGUCCCGGGCACCAAAAGAACAAUACUCUGAUUGCCCGAGGAAAUAAUUUAGCUGACCAGACAGCUAGAAAAAUAGCCCUAGAGGCUGAUCUGACACUAACCACUCAGCUGCCUGAUCCAGGAAGUGCUGCCUUGCCAGAAAAAACCCAGUAUACUGAAGAAGAUUUAAGGUGGAUAGAACAAUUACCUAUGCCCCAGCGCCUCAACAGGUGGUGGAAGUCCUCUGAUUGUAAAGUUAUCCUGCCUGAAGCACUGGGAGAACAAGUUCUCUCCAAAAUACAUUGGGCCACCCAUAUGGGCACUCGAAAAAUGCAAGAUCUCCUGAGACACUCUGAGAUAAAGAUUCUAGAUGCCAAUUCCAAAAUUGAGCAUAUCGUUGCCACUUGCAAAUCCUGUCAACUGACAAAUGCUGCCCACAAUAAAGCCAGCUCAGGCAAUAGGCUAAGAGGGAACUGACAUGGAGCAUACUGGGAAUUGGACUUUACUGAAGUAAAACCUGGAAAAUAUGGUUAUAAAUACCUGCUAGUUUUUGUAGACACUUUUUCAGAAUGGACAGAAGCUUUUCCUACCAAACAUGAGACAGCACAGAUAGUGGCCAAGAAGUUGCUAGAAGACAUCUUGCCAAGGCCUAAAUUGAAGGCCCUGUAUGAGUCUGGACCACCUCCUGAGCCCCAUCGAUACCGACUGGGAGACUGGGUCUUUGUCCAGAGACAUCGACAGAAGGACCUUGAGCCUCAUUGGAAAGGACCCUACCUUACUGUCCUGACCAUGCCCACCGCUCUCAAGGUUGACGGGAUUGCCUCGUGGGUACACUACACUCACGUCCACCCUGCAGAUCCACACGCUGUUCUAGAGGACUACAUCCCAUCAUGGCGAGUGUCCAAGGACCACGACAAUCCUCUCAAACUCAAACUGCAUCGACGACAGUCAUGA